CUUUUUUUUUUGUCUAACAAACUGCGCGCGAGCCGCUACAUGAAAGCGGACCCAAUUUACGGUGGAAUCCGAUCUGACAGAAUUUCCCGCGUAUUUACAGUUUCGCACGUAUAAACAAUCCCGUGUAAGUGGAUUCUAGGAGCGUCAAAUUUUUAGGAAUUUCACUGAUGUCAGUGCAAAAUGAAUCUGACAAGUGUUCUUCAACGACGGGAGAGAGGAUUCGGAAUGACAGCUGAUUAUGACGUCGCUCUUUACCGCCUGAAAUGCUACUACGACAACGUGUAUCGUGGAAUAAGUCCGAAUGCAAACGCGCCCGAUUACAAUCCCGAGCCGCCGGUGUUCGCGUGCCGUUUCUGCACGACGCCGGGACACGAGGAGGUUCUCGCGUUGGCGAACGAGGACGGGAAGGUCGCUUUUCAAGACACCAAGAUCAAGGCCGAUCAUAAUCAACCGUUGGAAGGAAAACUGGCACACUGUAAUGCGAUCUUCGAUAUCGCCUGGAUGCCUGGAGAGACGAAGCUGGUUACGGCGUCGGGAGACCACACGGCACGCUUGUGGGACGUCGCCAGGCCGGAAAUAACACAAAUUAAUUACUUUCACGCGCAUACGAGAAGCGUGAAAACGGCAGUGUUUCGCGACGACGACAGAGCUGUCUUUGCAACGGGCGCCAGAGACGGUUUUAUCAUGAUAUGGGACAUCAGAGCGAAUCACAGUGCGAAUCAACAGCCUAAGCCGGAUAAUUGCAUUGCCAAUGCGCAUAGCAUCGGCGGCACGGGUAACGCGAGGCGGAAGUCGCAAGCGUCGCGGGCACACAGUAUUACCGGUCUGGUGUUUCAGGACGACUUCACGUUGAUCUCGUGCGCCGCAGGCGACGGCCUGCUGAAGGUGUGGGACCUGCGCAAGAAUUACACCGUCCACAAGAAAGAGCCGAUAGCCAAGCAUCUAAUGAAUUACUCCGGGAACAGUACUAGGAACGGUUUCUCCUCCCUGUUGAUAUGCCCGGCUAGAAUUACGCUAUAUGCGAGCUGCAUGGAUAAUAUUAUAUACGCUUACAACGUAUCGUCGUAUAAUCGUAAACCGGUGGCGGAGUAUUAUGGACAUCAGAAUCGUACGUACUACGUAAAGACCUGCUUGAGUUCCGACGGCCGCUAUCUCGCCAGUGGAUCCAGCGACGAACUCGCGUACAUCUGGAACACCAACCGACCGGGCGUGCCGCUAGUUAAGCUGUCCGGCCACACGGACGAAGUGACCUGCAUCGCGUGGUGCAGUGUGGGAGAAACUAAGAUAGUGACUUGCUCCGACGAUGCUUGUCACAGAAUAUGGAAGGUCGGACUCGAGCACGAAGAGGACAACAAAGAAGUGAUGAUACGCGGUCAGGCUGAAGUUGUAGAAAAAUUUUUUUUAGAAAAGUUGCAACUAGAAACUACCCCAAGUUCUCGACACUCGCAUACUUGUCAAGAAACUACACCAAGUUCGGACGAACACAAGGCAUCUGUGUUUACCCCGGUUACGACUCCCGAGUCUAGUAACGAAGAUUAUAAUGGAAAUAAGCACAAUUCUGCCAAACGUAGUUACAUGCAGAUGAUGGCAUCAAGAUCUGAGGGAAAAUUCAAAUGUAUUUUAUCACCCAUUCACGAAAAUCAUGAGAUGGUUGCGAAACGGGUUCAUAUGGAUAAUCGUGGUAUGCGAAGGCUAUUCAGUCCAGGUGACGAGAUCGCUACUACGAGUAGAGAUUACAAUUCGGACGGAGCCAGUACGAGCCAGGGCACGAGCAAGGAUGAAGAAGUUUUCUUUUCGCCCACGUUAAACCUGCCGAAUUUCGUGAUGGACGGUACGGCGCCGCAUUUGCUUGAGAUAUCACCGCAAAAGUACAAGGAGCACGUCGAUUGGUUAACGAAAAUUAGAAAGGAAAGGUAUGAACAAAAGAAGACUGCGUCAACCUCGAGUAGUCCAAAAACUCAAACGACGCCUGGCCGAAGAGCCAACAGGUCGCGAUCAACGGAGCCCCAAAAAGUUACAAAAGCAACAAAAAGUGUUUCUCUAUUGGACUUUUUUAAAACUGUUAGUAAAAAUAGUGAGAAGGACCUACCUUCGAAUAAUAAUAAUAUUAAUUUACCCUCAAGUAGUACGACUUGAAAAUAAUAUGCAUAGAAUUAGAAUUUAAUAUUUUCAAAUUACAUCUUGAAAUUGUUUCGGUUUUAGUUCAAAAUUUUUUUUAUCUUGUAACAUAAGCGGAAGAUCUCGGUCGCUAAUAUAGAACAAUUUAAACUAAUAGCGGACUUUUUUCAAAUAAUAGCAAUUUAUUACCAACGAGUACAUCUCUGAAAGUAGACGUAAAAUUUGACAAUUUACAAUUGUGGUACUCACGAAUCAAAUUUUGAAUUUUGCUUUUCAGUUUUUUAUUUAAUAUAAAAGCAAAAUUUUUCUUAAAAUCCCGGUCAUUAAUGUUAUGAAAUAUAUGAAACUGCUUGCUUGAAUAUAAAAUGACACUUGCAUGGAUAUAGCGCGUUUGCAUGGUGUAGUGAAUAUAAAAAAAGACUGGUAAAACAAUAGUUUUUAUGCCGAUUUACGAAGUGAUGAAAUGCGUGAAAGGAGAUAUUAAAGUUUACUCGCAAUAAUGUACCUUGCGUAGUUUUCCAGAUUUAGCAUUUAAGACGAUUUAAUUAAGUUGUAAGAUAACGAUCUGAGAAAUUUUUAUAAGCACUAUAUUUGACAAGUAUAAGCAUGCAUUACAUUAGCGCAAUGAAUGUAUUAUAUAAAUAUUAACGACCGUUAUAUAGUUGAAGUAUUUUUUGUACCCGACAAUAAAUUAUUUUUUUAUAGAAAA